AUGACUUCGUGUUUGAUUAGAACGGUGAAAUGCAUUUGUAAUGAUAUAAAGUUCGCGGCAGCAAGAGUGUCGUGUCUCACAAAGAAUUAUAUUAAUCGUCCUGUUUGUCGAAUUUCUUCAGUUACACCCAAGGAAAACCUAAAGAUGGCUGAUAGAAUAUUACCUCAAAUAUUUAAGUACGUUGAUGAUAAUACGGAUUCUUAUAAGCAACUUUUAAAGGAAGCGGUUGCAAUUCCAUCGGUAUCUUCUGAUGUUAAGUACCGUAAGGACUGCGUCCGUAUGGUGGAGUGGAUGCAAGAGAAAUUGAAAGAGGUUGGCGCCACCACUGAGCUUAGAGAUGUUGGCUACCAGACCAUUGCUGGGGAACAAGUUAAACUGCCGCCCGUUUUGGUAGGCGUAUUAGGAAAUGAUUCCAAAAAAAAUACAAUUUGCAUAUAUGGCCACUUGGACGUCCAGCCAGCAUUGAAAUCUGACGGUUGGGAGACUGAGCCCUUUGAGCUGGUGGAGCGAGAUGGCAAGUUAUUUGGACGUGGUUCCACUGAUGAUAAGGGACCAGUACUUGGUUGGGUUCAUGCCAUCAAUGCAUACAAAGGUGUUGGUGAAGAGCUACCAGUGAAUCUGAAGUUCGUUUUUGAAUGCAUGGAAGAGUCUGGUUCAGAGGGCCUUGAUGCUCUACUUAUGGAAAAAUUAAAACCAGAGGGUUUCUUCAAGGAUGUAGACUAUGUGUGCAUAUCAGACAACUACUGGCUUGGCACCACUAAGCCCUGCAUCACAUAUGGUCUACGCGGUGUCAGUUACUAUUUCCUAGAAAUUGAGUGUGCUAAAAUGGACUUACACAGCGGAGUCUAUGGUGGUACUGUACAUGAAGCUAUGACUGAUCUAAUUUAUUUGAUGAACGAACUUGUGGACAAGGAUGGGAAAAUUCACAUCACCGGUAUCUACGACUCAGUGGCGCCUUUGACUGAGAAUGAGAAGAAAUUGUACACCACUAUCGAUUUUGAUACCGAAGCCUACAGGAACUCCAUUGGUGCACCUAAGCUGGCACACAAUGGCGACAAGGAACAAAUCCUAAUGCACCGCUGGAGAUACCCAAGCUUGUCACUGCAUGGAAUUGAAGGUGCUGCAUUCCAACCUGGAGCAAAAACAGUGAUUCCAGGCAAAGUCAUUGGCAAGUUCUCCAUAAGAAUUGUACCUAACCAAGAACCUGAGGAAGUUGAGAAGCUGGUCUUCGAUUACGUCAACAAGAAGUGGGCAGAGCGCGGCUCCCCCAACAAGAUGACGAUCACAGCACAGAGCGGGCGCGCCUGGACCGAGAACCCCGACCACCCGCACUACCAAGCCGCCGCUCGAGCCACUAGACUCAUUUAUCUGACGGAACCCGACAUGUCCCGCGAAGGUGGGUCCAUCCCAGUGACGAUCACGCUGCAGGAGGCCAGCGGCCGCAACGUGUUGCUGCUGCCGAUGGGCGCCGGCGACGACAUGGCGCACUCGCAGAACGAGAAGAUCAAUGUCCGCAACUACAUCGAGGGAAUAAAAUUGUUCGCCGCCUACUUGCACGAGGUUAGCAAACUGCCUAAGUAA